GGCAAUUUUCUGAAUCUGAAUGCCAUUUGGUCCCAUCUAUUGACGUUUUCCCACCAGAAUCAGCUACUUUGAGAUUGAUCCGACUGGCAGUAGGUUAUUUUCGUGAAUUGGUGUCGUUAUGUAAAUCUAGAAUCUGAGACCAACAGUGAGGAUGUCCGUCCUCAACUUUAAAAUCACCAUCAAAACGAUGAAGUUGUGUAUCUGCUUCAUCGGCAUUAGUUCUCUCUUACUGCUAGUACUUUGUCUUUACAUUUCGCUAAAUACUCCCGAGAAAGCUGUACCGUCUUUGAUCACCGGAUCAGAACAGCAGGUGAUCAGCUAUGAGCUGCUCCGGAGUCAAAAUGCCGCACUGGUUCCUGAGAAGUACAACGAACAUGAGGUUAAAUCACGUAUUAUCAGGGAAAAAAUAAAACGUUUGGCCGGCGGAAGAAAUGCAGAAUUAAGUACUCCUGCACGACGAAAUAGAACCAUCGAACUCAAUCGGAACAUACAAAUAUUUUACCACGCAUCAGUGGCAUGGUACAGACCUCAUCCAACGGUACCGAGUGACAGGGUGGUUAGCCGGAUAAUUGAGAAUGGAUCCUCGGUAUCGUUCCGUCCCAGUGAUGAUCAUGUGAUAAACAUUGCAUUCUAUCCGAAACGUAAAUUGUACAACACAACAGAGACGAUCCUCCGAGAGCACUUCAAUGAUAUCCAGAACUGCGGAAUCGGUGUUGUAAUUCUUGUGUGGCAUCCAUCAUUCAACGAAGGACUGUUGAGGGCGAUCUUCAAAACGGCAGCUAUUCACAAUCUAAAGAUUGCUGUGAACAUUCAGGAGUAUCCCGAAAGAACGAUUGAAAGCAUCAGGAAUAAUAUCAAAUACUUCAUCGAUCUAUUCGGAAAAGAACCAACCAGCACAUUGAGCUACUUCCGUGUGCUCUCCAAACAGCGCGACCUACCAAUAUUUUAUAUCCGGAAGGCAUACCAAAUUACGGAUGCCAACUGGACGCGGUUACUUUCGCGAAACGGUAUACUCACAAUUCGGGGAACCAGCUACGACGCGAUAGUUUUGGCACACAUCAGCACGAAAGAGCACAAAACGAUAGUUCGACGAGGGGGUUUCGAUGGUUUCUACACGUAUCUUCCAAGCAAUGGAGCAAACUAUGCGAGCACUUGGAAGAAUUGGUCGCAACUGAAAAAGUUUGCUGAUACGUACCAUUUGAUUUUUGUCCCCACGAUUGGCCCCGGUUAUUACGAUCGUAGAAAGUACACUCGGAACGCACUGCUGAAUCAUGGUAUCACAAACAUCAAGAGGUACCGCUCGAAUGGGCAGUAUUUCGAUGUUGCGUGGAGGACGGCUUUGAAGAACAACGCCCAGAUCAUAACGAUCAACAGCUACAACAACUGGGUGGAUGGAACCCAAAUUGAGGCCGCAAUACCGAUGUUUGGCUUCCGAGACUAUCUACCCGGGUCACCCGAAAAGUAUCUGGACUUGACGCAGUCUUGGGUCGAAGAGUACGUGAAAUACAAGCUGAACAGCAUUAAGAACUCGAAGAAGAGCGAGGGUGCUCUGGGUUGUUAUGAAUUUAUCAACAAUACUCUUUGCUAGGUUGGUGCGAGACAAAAUGCUACAUUUCAUUCUCAGUGUGUAGAUCAAAUAGAUAGCCCAGUUAUUGAAAAGUAGUGAGAGAGAUAUGGUUAGUUCAACUAACCCUGUAGUCUGUAGUCUGUAGUGAGACCGUUCGAUAAAUCAAAAUUUCCCUCUAUCUUCCUAGCCUUCACCCAACUUAUUUUGCAAACUCUCCCAAUUUAGCUCUGGUCACAAUUUUAUCAACUACAGCAACAUAGUGUGAUAUAGUGUAAGUGCAAGCUACGCACCUUUUUUUAAUUGUCCCAAUUAUGAAUAGCUCAAACACCUUUAAAGAGUACCCAUGCUUCAGCAAAAGUUUGUUGAAAGAAUAAAUCGUUCGAGAUCUGCAAAUAUCCAGGCAAGGAAAUGAAACUCCAUAUUUUAUCAAUAGCUAGUAGAGAAGAAAAGGUUGUAAUUUACGCUGGAUGAUAAAAAAAAUCUGUGGAUAGCUAUACACUGACAACUAAAUUAGACUGAUAUAGCCGAACUUCCACCUUUUGUGAUUUUUGUCACGACGAAACUGAUACCCGCUCUUAUUCUUGUUUUCAUUCGAAACAGAUACGUGCGAAAGUUUUGUCUAUUCGUAUUCCUGUGUCCGUUCAAAGCACGAACAAUUGUUCGUUGGAAUGAAACGUUUAGAUGUACGUUUAGCGUUUAGAUGCGAAAAAUAUAAUUGUUGACAUUAUCCAAAAUAAUUCACAUUCUUGCAUAGCUCUAGGUUUCUGAAACGAUAAUGUCUUUUGCGAAAAUGCUCGAAUCGAGUGAUUAGAGCGAAAAUCGAAUACGGCCGUAAUCAAGAAUGAGACUGAAUAACUGAGGUUAGAAGAUAAGCACGAUCAGCUACGUGUGUUGCGUCUAUUGAGAAAUUCAAACCGAAUCUUAUCUACUCUAAUUAGGCUGCAUCGUAGUCGUCUCGUAAACGAUGAAAAUACAGAGUGGUUCAAAACGGACUUCCCGAUUUCGAUGAGGUCCAUGGCGCAGCUUUAGAAGGCGUAGAAGGGCCUUCUCGUUAUGUGUAAGUAUUGGGACUUCUAUGAAAAAUGAAUUAAAUUCCGGUUCUUCACAUUCAUUGAAAGUUCUAUCCCAUAGGAUUUAUAUAGUGUAACCUUAGGAGAGCGCAAAAGGUCGUCCAUUGACAAGGGGUUAUAGAGGUUUAUACUGGUUCACAGGGGCUCGAGAGUAAAUGACCUUUAUCACUAUUCAUGGAAAACGCAUGUGAGGAGAUUGUCUGAAGCAUCCCCAGCAAACAUUAAAUCGUAUAACUAGCGUAUGUACAGCAUCAUAUGCCCCAUAUUUUGGGAGAUAUAUUUUGGUGGGAGAGAAAUAUAAUGUUUGAAACAAGUGUUGGUUAUGGUUAAGAAAAUUGCUUCGAUGGGAUUCGAACUCCGGUUGUUUCGAUUGUCAAGCUGCAGCUAUCUCGCACGGUUAUCUGGAACAAGGCGCGUAGAAGUAUGGGCCUAUGGUGGGCCAACCUGCUAAAACCACUCAUCAGCCAUCUUGGAAGUCUACUGUGUUUUGUUUGUAAACAAAACACAAUACGCUUGUGCCCAAGCUCGCUCGUGAUCAGUCUGUCUCUUUCACGCUUCAAGGAAAUAAUUCCCCUUCUGCUUUCUUCCGUACUGUUUUCAUAUACCGCUCCCCUAAACAACUUAGUGACGAAACGGCCUCACCUAGUACCAUAGACCCGUCUUGAUCUGGAAUAUAGUGUGCAAUCGUAUACGUCAAUCCUGGUUGCCGAUUGUACUUAUUUAACUUUGUCCUAAGAAAAAAAGAAGUCAUCUCAAUAAAACAAAUCAAAUACUUAAUUUCGUUUAUUUGAAACGAUAACCCACAAAAUUCAUACGAACGAUCUCAACUCUAAACAUUUUUUGUUGUUUUGAAUGUAGUUUCAAGUUAUAUAUUAUUUGUUAACCAAAUGGGCAGUCUUGCAAUGUCGAAUGAAACAAGGUGAUUAGAAGUACAGCAUGGACUCGAUUAUAUACAGUUUCUGAUUUCUUUUCACUGUAUAUAAUCAAAUCCUGUAUAUAAUCGGGCAGAAUUUUUUUUUAAGAUGAAGAAUUGGAGACUUUACUCGAUCAAGAUCCGUCACAAACGCAACAAGAACUUGCAGAUACACUUGGAGUAGCUCAGCAAAUCAUAUCCGAUCGUUAAAAAGUCAUGAUCCGAAAGAUAGAACAUUGGGUGCCGUAUAAAUUGAUGCCACGAGACGUCGAGCGCCAUUUUUUCAAGUGCGAACUGCUCCAACGGCAUAAAAGAAAGGGUUUUUUUUUUUGCAUCGAAUCGUUCCUGGCGAUGAAAAGUGGAUCCAUUACGACAAUCAUAAACGUCAGGCAACGUAUGGAUACCCCGGUCAUGCAUCAACAUCGACAGCCACGCGGAAUAUUCACUGCCAGAAACCCAGUUUCAUCUUUUUUCGAGCGGUUCUAACACUUACCCUUACGGCGCCAGUGGUUGUAUGGUUAGCGUAACAGCCUCACAAUCCGAUCGGCCUGGGUUCAAUCCCAGCUGGCGUCGUUGGGAUUUUCUGAGGCGAAAAAUCUCUGGUUACGUCUUCCUUCGGAGCGGAAGUAAAAGAAGUUGGCCCGGCUCAUGAGUUGUUGAGUCUGAUAGGUAGGAACAGGUGGAGUCGCCUCCCUGAUGUCGGUGAUUGGCACUAAAGUGGCGGAAAUAGGCCGACGAAAAAUAAGCGAAGAUAAAAAAAAAACACUUACCCUUACCCCUUAUCUUACCCCGCCAUGCCUCCCGUAAGCAGCACUGCCAACAGUAAAGGCGCUUAGAAGUAUAUCCUUAGAUGGGCCAACUUACUAAAACCACUCUUCAGCCAUCUUGGAAGUCUACUGUGUUUUGUUUGUAAACAAAACACAAUACGCUAGUGUCGAAGCUCGCUCGUGAUCAGUCUGUCUCUUUCACACUACAAGCAAAUAAUUCCCCUUCUGCUUUCUUCAAUUUUUGUUCAAUUUUUGUGUUGAUUGAUUUAUAAUUAUUGAGAAAAAGAUGCGCAACUCUAAAACUAAACUGACCAGACGGCCCGAAUUUCAACAAAAUGUCUCGCAUUUGGCAAAAGGAACGAAAAUGUCCCGCGAUAUCAAUAUAUUUCAGUACUAGCUGACCCGACGAACUUCGUCCCGCCCGAAAUAGAUUUUUUGAUUUGAAUACUUUCAAACAUCCACGUUUUCUUACUAAGUGAACGUUAAUGAGUCCGAUCACUGAACUCUUCAUUGAUCGAUUACCCUUCGACUCUUUACAAUUUCCUUUUACUAUGAAUUGUCUAGUACUUCUACAAAAAUUCAUCCUUAUAUUAUACAAUUAUUUUCAGACACCAUUCUCUUUCGAGAUUCUUCAAGCAUUUGGAAAUAACAUGUUUCUCCGUUCCAUGGAAUACAUGUUUGAUACAAAGAAUAUUACAAAAUAAAGACAGCUCAAAUCGGACCAUUCCUCGGGUUUAGGGCACACCAACACAUUUGGCCUCCCAUUUUUGUUACCGUUGUUACCGUACAACACAUUUGGCCUCCCAAGAUAUAGAAAUGCGUUAUUCCGUCUGAAAAUCCUUUUCCACUUUCGAACAAAAAUCAAUUUUAUUAGCGCCAACAUCAAAUGGACUAACAACGCGUAGCUAAUUGUAACACAUAUGGGAAUUCUAUUUUCUGAAUUUUUCGAUUUUUCUCUCCGAUAUAUUGAUCUACGGGAAGAGACGAAUACAACAAAAUACAGGAGGCUAAAAUCGGACCAUCCCUUCUUCGGGUUUUCCGCUUACCAACAGAUUUUUGCCUUACAUUUUUAUUUAUAUAGAUUACAAUUUAAUCAUGUUGAUUUUCUUAAAUGGAUGAACCUCAAAAUAAAACUUUUAUUUGUCAGACUGUUCAAGAGCGCUUCCAAUGCAUUCAACGAUCAAUACGAUGAGCUGGUUUCAUCGCACCGACAGUGGACUUUUUGUUUAGAGAGUAUCAACAGGAAAGGACAGCAACAAAAUCGGAAAAUCGAUUUUUAUAAAGAUUUAUUUUUAAGAUUUUUAUAAAGAUUUAUAACGAUUUUUAUAAAACCCCCUAUUGAUCAACAGGGACCAACGUGAGUCAAACGAAAAGUUCAUCUUUGGUUCUCUAGCUCGGUCAGGGCUUAACGUGUUGAAUAAGCCGGAAGAACUAGUGUAUGCUGGACAGCAAGAGGCAGGGUUGUUUGAUGAAGUAUCGCAAAUGAAGCAAAUGUUGGCCGGAACCUCAAUCAUGGCUGAUGAAAAGAUGUAUGUCGACAUGUACUUUUACUUUUCCGUAGCUUUGGUAGUCAGCUAUCUCUCCAUUUUGGUCAUUCGCUUAAAAGUUUUCUAUAGGCCGCAGCUGGGGUAUGUUGGGAAGGUUGGCGGUCUACGCGAUAAUGCUUAUCUCCAGCCGAUCCAUUAUCCAUUCUCCAGUGAUUUUUUGGCAUAAUGGGUUGAUCCCCGUUUCGGCAUAAAUACCACAUCACCUUCGCAAGUUUCGGCAAGCACUUCGUACUCGUUCCCCGUUCACCAUAUGACUCGAAAGAAGAGCGGCUUGGACAUUCCCUUCUCGUCUGUCAGAGAAGGACCUUCGAGAACUUGAUGUGGAUUAUAUAUUCGACGUCAUCGCUUACCUAGGGAACGUAAAGUACCCGGUCCCCGGCCAUUCGUUGAAUUCUAGCAUCAAGCACGUCUCGUCUUCCAUUAUGAGCACGAAAAGAAGUUUUUCACUUCUUUCGCCGGAAAGAAGUUUUUCACUAGCACCUGAAGCUACUACUUCUGGCUGAUUGCCUGCUGCUCAGAUACUGCCGGUCUCGUCUGACGCUUCCGCAUAAAAAUGUCCAUUUUGGCCAGAUUAUCCUUCACCGUUUGACCGGUUGUUUCGAUCUCCCGGCUUAAGGAGCGACAGGGAGAGGAUGUUGUAAAUACCAGAUCGGCUAUGCCUGGCGGACACAAAGUGUCUCAGGAUGUCCAACUCCUUUGCUGUGGGGUGAAGCUGAUAGUCUGAAAAAAUCAUGAAGUUGCUUGACAGUGCUGCUGCUGCUUAUUAACAGCCUUGAAUAAUUGUUGUUGUAGGCUUAAUAAACGUAAUAUUUGAGGAAAAUUUGUUCCAUUAAAUUAUUUUUGGUAGUUUUUUUUCAUAGCCAUCCGAAAAUAGUCCAUUUUUGAUUUGAAUACUUUCAAACAUCCACGUUUUCUUACUAAGUGAACGUUAAUGAGUCCGAUCACUGAACUCUUCAUUGAUCGAUUACCCUUCGACUCUUUACAAUUUCCUUUUACUAUGAAUUGUCUAGUACUUCUACAAAAAUUCAUCCUUAUAUUAUACAAUUAUUUUCAGACACCAUUCUCUUUCGAGAUUCUUCAAGCAUUUGGAAAUAACAUGUUUCUCCGUUCCAUGGAAUACAUGUUUCAUACAAAGAAUAUUACAAAAUAAAGACAGCUCAAAUCGGACCAUUCCUCGGGUUUAGGGCACACCAACACAUUUGGCCUCCCAUUUUUGUUACCGUUGUUACCGUACAACACAUUUGGCCUCCCAAGAUAUAGAAAUGCGUUAUUCCGUCUGAAAAUCCUUUUCCACUUUCGAACAAAAAUCAAUUUUAUUAGCGCCAACAUCAAAUGGACUAACAACGCGUAGCUAAUUGUAACACAUAUGGGAAUUCUAUUUUCUGAAUUUUUCGAUUUUUCUCUCCGAUAUAUUGAUCUACGGGAAGAGACGAAUACAACAAAAUACAGGAGGUUAAAAUCGGACCAUCCCUUCUUCGGGUUUUCCGCUUACCAACAGAUUUUGCCUUACAUUUUUAUUUAUAUAGAUUAAAAUUUAAUCAUGUUGAUUUUCUUAAAUGGAUGAACCUCAAAAUAAAACUUUUAUUUGUCAGACUGUUCAAGAGCGCUUCCAAUGCAUUCAACGAUCAAUACGAUGAGCUGGUUUCAUCGCACCGACAGUGGACUUUUUGUUUAGAGAGUAUCAACAGGAAAGGACAGCAACAAAAUCGGAAAAUCGAUUUUUAUAAAGAUUUAUUUUUAAGAUUUUUAUAAAGAUUUAUAACGAUUUUUAUAAAACCCCCUAUUGAUCAACAGGGACCAACGUGAGUCAAACGAAAAGUUCAUCUUUGGUUCUCUAGCUCGGUCAGGGCUUAACGUGUUGAAUAAGCCGGAAGAACUAGUGUAUGCUGGACAGCAAGAGGCAGGGUUGUUUGAUGAAGUAUCGCAAAUGAAGCAAAUGUUGGCCGGAACCUCAAUCAUGGCUGAUGAAAAGAUGUAUGUCGACAUGUACUUUUACUUUUCCGUAGCUUUGGUAGUCAGCUAUCUCUCCAUUUUGGUCAUUCGCUUAAAAGUUUUCUAUAGGCCGCAGCUGGGGUAUGUUGGGAAGGUUGGCGGUCUACGCGAUAAUGCUUAUCUCCAGCCGAUCCAUUAUCCAUUCUCCAGUGAUUUUUUGGCAUAAUGGGUUGAUCCCCGUUUCGGCAUAAAUACCACAUCACCUUCGCAAGUUUCGGCAAGCACUUCGUACUCGUUCCCCGUUCACCAUAUGACUCGAAAGAAGAGCGGCUUGGACAUUCCCUUCUCGUCUGUCAGAGAAGGACCUUCGAGAACUUGAUGUGGAUUAUAUAUUCGACGUCAUCGCUUACCUAGGGAACGUAAAGUACCCGGUCCCCGGCCAUUCGUUGAAUUCUAGCAUCAAGCACGUCUCGUCUUCCAUUAUGAGCACGAAAAGAAGUUUUUCACUUCUUUCGCCGGAAAGAAGUUUUUCACUAGCACCUGAAGCUACUACUUCUGGCUGAUUGCCUGCUGCUCAGAUACUGCCGGUCUCGUCUGACGCUUCCGCAUAAAAAUGUCCAUUUUGGCCAGAUUAUCCUUCACCGUUUGACCGGUUGUUUCGAUCUCCCGGCUUAAGGAGCGACAGGGAGAGGAUGUUGUAAAUACCAGAUCGGCUAUGCCUGGCGGACACAAAGUGUCUCAGGAUGUCCAACUCCUUUGCUGUGGGGUGAAGCUGAUAGUCUGAAAAAAUCAUGAAGUUGCUUGACAGUGCUGCUGCUGCUUAUUAACAGCCUUGAAUAAUUGUUGUUGUAGGCUUAAUAAACGUAAUAUUUGAGGAAAAUUUGUUCCAUUAAAUUAUUUUUGGUAGUUUUUUUUCAUAGCCAUCCGAAAAUAGUCCAUUUUUGAUUUGAAUACUUUCAAACAUCCACGUUUUCUUACUAAGUGAACGUUAAUGAGUCCGAUCACUGAACUCUUCAUUGAUCGAUUACCCUUCGACUCUUUACAAUUUCCUUUUACUAUGAAUUGUCUAGUACUUCUACAAAAAUUCAUCCUUAUAUUAUACAAUUAUUUUCAGACACCAUUCUCUUUCGAGAUUCUUCAAGCAUUUGGAAAUAACAUGUUUCUCCGUUCCAUGGAAUACAUGUUUCAUACAAAGAAUAUUACAAAAUAAAGACAGCUCAAAUCGGACCAUUCCUCGGGUUUAGGGCACACCAACACAUUUGGCCUCCCAUUUUUGUUACCGUUGUUACCGUACAACACAUUUGGCCUCCCAAGAUAUAGAAAUGCGUUAUUCCGUCUGAAAAUCCUUUUCCACUUUCGAACAAAAAUCAAUUUUAUUAGCGCCAACAUCAAAUGGACUAACAACGCGUAGCUAAUUGUAACACAUAUGGGAAUUCUAUUUUCUGAAUUUUUCGAUUUUUCUCUCCGAUAUAUUGAUCUACGGGAAGAGACGAAUACAACAAAAUACAGGAGGUUAAAAUCGGACCAUCCCUUCUUCGGGUUUUCCGCUUACCAACAGAUUUUGCCUUACAUUUUUAUUUAUAUAGAUUAAAAUUUAAUCAUGUUGAUUUUCUUAAAUGGAUGAACCUCAAAAUAAAACUUUUAUUUGUCAGACUGUUCAAGAGCGCUUCCAAUGCAUUCAACGAUCAAUACGAUGAGCUGGUUUCAUCGCACCGACAGUGGACUUUUUGUUUAGAGAGUAUCAACAGGAAAGGACAGCAACAAAAUCGGAAAAUCGAUUUUUAUAAAGAUUUAUUUUUAAGAUUUUUAUAAAGAUUUAUAACGAUUUUUAUAAAACCCCCUAUUGAUCAACAGGGACCAACGUGAGUCAAACGAAAAGUUCAUCUUUGGUUCUCUAGCUCGGUCAGGGCUUAACGUGUUGAAUAAGCCGGAAGAACUAGUGUAUGCUGGACAGCAAGAGGCAGGGUUGUUUGAUGAAGUAUCGCAAAUGAAGCAAAUGUUGGCCGGAACCUCAAUCAUGGCUGAUGAAAAGAUGUAUGUCGACAUGUACUUUUACUUUUCCGUAGCUUUGGUAGUCAGCUAUCUCUCCAUUUUGGUCAUUCGCUUAAAAGUUUUCUAUAGGCCGCAGCUGGGGUAUGUUGGGAAGGUUGGCGGUCUACGCGAUAAUGCUUAUCUCCAGCUGAUCCAUUAUCCAUUCUCCAGUGAUUUUUUGGCAUAAUGGGUUGAUCCCCGUUUCGGCAUAAAUACCACAUCACCUUCGCAAGUUUCGGCAAGCACUUCGUA